AUGGAUGUCCUGGUUAGCUGUGCGAUUCCUGGUGUGUGCUGUGUCCUUAGUGUUUGUGUGGACAGGGUACUGGUGCAUGGAUUCAAGUCAGCAAGGCUGUGGCAGGAUCGUUUGACUUUUCGAGCUGUUGGAAGUAAAGUUGUUGGAAAAUGGACAUCUUUACAGCUCCUGUGUUUGGUUACAGUUGGUUUCGGAUUUUUAAAAAUUGUAGAAGUAUCUGCAUGGACUUAUCAUUAUAGCACCAAGGUGCAAACAUGGAAUGAAUCCCGUAAUUGGUGUAGAAGAAAUUUUACUGACAUGGUUGCAAUUCAGAACAAAGAGGAAAUCUCUUUUUUAAUCCAAAACCUGCCUGAAGAUGAUAUCCACUAUUGGAUAGGGUUGCGAAAAAUCAAUCAAAUUUGGAUUUGGAUUGGAACCAACAAAUCGCUCACCAAACAUGAAGAAAAUUGGGCACAAGGAGAACCAAACAAUAAAAAGAAAAACCAAGAUUGUGUAGAGAUUUACAUACGAAGAUCAAAAGAGAGUGGGAAAUGGAAUGAUGAACAAUGUGAUAAAAAAAAGAGGGUACUUUGUUAUCUAGUCAGCUGCAAUGAUUCUUCAUGCAACAAACAUGGGGAUUGUGUGGAAACUGUCAAAAAUUAUACCUGUAAAUGUUGGCCAGGAUUCUAUGGAGCAAACUGUGAAAACGCUGUAUCUUGCAGGUCUCCACACAGUCCACCUCAUGGAGAAAUUAUCUGCACCGUCAUAUUUGGAACAUUCCAGUAUAAUUCUGUUUGCAACUUCAGUUGUGAAGAAGGAUUUCAACUGACAGGAGCAAGGUCAUUAUCCUGCCAGAACUCUGGAGAAUGGUCUGAAUCUAUCCCCAGAUGUAAAGCUGUAUCGUGCUCACCUCUAGAAGAUUUGUCACAUGGCCACAUCAACUGUUCUGAUGAAUAUGGAGAAUACAGGUUUAAAUCCAUUUGUGAAUUUACUUGUGAAGUGGGAUUUCAAUUAAAAGGAUCAAACUCUCUAUUUUGCCAAAGUUCAGGAGAAUGGUCAGAACCUACACCUCAAUGUAUCGCUGUUUCUUGUAUGAGCCUGCAAAGUCCAGAACAUGGUAAAGUGAAUUGCUCUUAUGCAUUCGGAGAAUACAGAUAUAAAUCCAUUUGCAACAUCACUUGUGAGGAGGGAUUUGAUUUACAAGGAUCAACAUCACUUUUGUGCCAGAACACAGGAGAAUGGUCUGAAUCUACACCCAUAUGCUUAGCUCAUAAUGUUUCUCUGGAAAAGCAAAGACAGUCUUACACAGAAGCUUAUGUUCUGACAAGUUGUGGGCUAAUACUUUCUGGAUUAAUGGCAUAUGGAAUCAAUUAUUAUCGUAAGAAAAAAAAUCCAGGACUCCUGAAAAAAGACAAAGACAAUACUAAUACAUUUGAAAAUCCUGCAUUUGAAGAUCACGAGACCUCAUUUGACCAGUGAUUGCUGGAGCUGUUCUUUUCUAAAACACUCUACAAUGAUGGAUGCAAGAACAAUCUUACAUUCACAAUAUUGAAAUAGCAUUUACUCCUAUGCAAUAUAUGUACUGAAGUUUAGGUUACAGUUUUGAUGAUUUUUUAUUUCUUUGAAUACUUCUUGUAAAUUAUAACAGAUACAAUGGGCCAGAUAUACUACUCGCGUUUUGGCUUUCCGUUUGUGAGAUCCGUUCAGGGCUCUCACAGGUGGUCCAAAACGGAUCAGUUUGCAUUCUAAUGCAUUCUGAAUGGAAAAGGAUCCACUCAGAAUGCAUCAGAAUGCAUCAGUUCAGCGUUUUGGAGUCCGUCUGAUGAAACUGAGCCAAACUGACACAAUUUGGCACAAUAGAAAACUGAUCCAUCCUCCAUUGACUUUUCUUGGCUAUAUUAAAUAUAAUACAAGCCGAUCCGUUCUGAACGGAUGCAGACGGUUGUAUUAUCUGAACGGAUACGUCUAUGACGGGUCCGCACAUAACACGAGUGUGAAAGUAGCACAAGACUAGCAUUCCAAAUGCACCAAAUUCAUUAAGAGGCUCAGGUCUCUUUAUAAAUUUAGCACAUCAGAUGGCCGUCCCUGCUCCACAAACUGCAAUCUGCACUUGCUAUGUAAAUUACAGUAAAUCUGAAGAGCCACACCCUCUUCCUCAACACAUUUGAAGUGGGAAGGGUAACUGCACACAUUGCGGAUUACGUUAGUUUUUUCCACUCAUUUUUUUGUGUGCAAAAACCUUAGCAUAAGGCCUCCUACACACUAACGUGUGCGCCACGUUGCUGUAUUGCGGACCGCAUUUAAUGGGUCCGCAAAUCCGGAGAUGCGGAAUGGUGCGGGACAGACGCACAGAAUGGAACCCUACGGGAGCACUACGGAGUUUCGUCCCGUAUUUCCGUUGCGCAAAAAAAUAGAACAUGUCCUAUCUUUUUGCAGAACGGCCGGAUCGCGGACCCAUUAAAGUGAAUGGGUCCGCGAUCCACUACGGCUGCCCCAUGGACGGUGUUCGUGCAAAUUUCAGGCCACAGCAUGACCAAGGGGCGCACACGUCUGUGUGCAGGAGGCCUAAGGCUACAUGCACACGAACGUGGUUUGGUUCCGCAUCCAAGCAGCAUUUUUUGCGGCUCGGGUGCAAACCCAUUCACGUCAAUGGGGCCGCAAAAGUUGCGCA